UUGAGUUGCCAACUGCGCAGGUCGUGUCACGAAAGUCAGGCCAGGACUCGCUGUCAGUUUCUAGCACAUAAAAAAUAACUUUUUGUCGGCAGGUAAAUUCAGCAUUUUGCGUGAGUAUAAUUAUUCCGGGAAAUGGAUGCUAGCUACAGGCAAAAAAGGGAGUGGCUUAAUAGCCGUGGUUCAGAUAACGGCAAUGGCAACUACGGCGGCAAUGGAGAUGGCGGCUAUUCUGGCCAAACUGCCGGCCGCCAAAUGGGGAGAAACGGAGGGGGCUGGGCCCCAUGGUCUAACUCUAACUCGAACUACUUGUCUGGCAUUUCCGCUGACUACCCUGCUGCCCCGCAGGUUGGUUCUCUUUGGAGCCGUCAAAAAUCGAAUUGGAACGAGGACCGUAACAACCAAGUCUGCCCAAGUAGCGCCAUGAACAAUCAGUUGUUGUCAGGCAAUCGCGGCGGUCCUUCAAACGGGGACCAGUGGCAGCCCAUGCAGAUGCAGGAUGAGGUGCGGGGACCACCCGAUCAUAUCAGCGAUGCCGUCUCCGCUCUUAGCGGAGCCAGGCGCAAGUGGUACUACCGCUACCUAAAUACGGGCAACGGGCACGAAGAAUCCCUGAGAAAGGCCAUAGAGAGACGUACCAAUCCGUCCGGAUUUAAGGGUGGUGCCCUCAAGUGGUACGACAAGUACAUUGACAUGGGUUUAAGUGAGAAAGAGGCUCGGGCCAAAGUUCUGGAGUACCAGAAAAGUCACCCAAUCCAUCGGCCGGAGAAGUGGGCACGCUCUGACCGCGACCGCAAGCGUCCGAAGCCGCAGGAGUCUGGUGACCGCGACCGCAAGCGUCCGAAGCCGCAGGACUCUGGUGAUCGCAACCGCAAGCGUCCCGUCGAAAACAGCCGGGCCAAAGAGGAGCCCAAGAAACAAAGGAGGACCCCGGAAGGGCCUCCAAAAGCUGUGGGCUCCAAUAGGAAAGGCUUUUCCAUAGCCGUAAUGGCGAAGAACUAUCCCGAAGUCAUAAUGAGCAAGGAGCAGCUAACUAUGAUAGAGGCUGCCCUCGUGGAUGAGAUGCGCAAGGGCUGGAAAAGCAGCAUCAACUUCGGAGGCAUCGAAUUCCUUCCCGGACUGAUUCUAGUUGUCUGUUUGGACAUGAACUCCAAGCAGUGGCUGGAACAGGUAGUCCCCAAGAUCAAAGUGGUACCGGGAAUUACACUAUCGUCUUGUAGAAAGAAUGAGAUCCCCGCCACCAAGGGGUUUACUGUCUUGGUCCCACGCUCUUUUGAAGAGCCCGAUCAAGUAACAAUGGAUCUUUUGAAAGAUCAGAACUCGGACCUCCUGUCGAAAACCUGGCGCUUAUUCCGUGUUAGCCAGCUCAAGGACGGCAAGGUACUGUACAUCAGCAUUGGCGACAAGGCUUUCGACCUGUUGCAGAAGAAGGACUUGACCGUCAGCUACCGCUUCAGCCAGCUCUCGUGUCGUCUGAUUAGCGGAAAGGGUGCCCUUAAGGCGCUUCGCGCGACCCGCACACAGGCACUCAAUAAAGAAGCUGAAAAUGCUGAGACAGCCGAAAUUGACUUGACUGAGGAGGAUGCCGAUGAGGAUGCCGAGGAGGAUAUAUCUCAGCUUGAGCUGACAGUUGUGGACGAAAUAAGGGGGGACGAUGACGAAGAGGCAGAUAUGGUUGAUGAGCAGCGCGAGGAAGAUGAAAAUGGUGAAGGGGAGCUCGAUGAAAAGGAGGGAAUUGCUGGGGAGGAGGUCGAACCUGAGGAGGAGAACGCUGGUGAAGACCACGAGCAGGAGGAAGAGAAUUGUGGUGAGGAGCACGACCUAGAUGAAGAAAUUGGUGGUGGGGAGCACGAGCCAGAAGUGGUUGAGAUCACAAACAUAGAUUGAGCUCCUCCUCGUAAGUAUACACCAUUUGCAGAAAGCCCAAGGCGUAAAGGCGAUCUCAAGGCAUUCGAUGCGUAGCGACGUUCAAAACCUUACAAUUACUAACUACAUAACACCCAAGACUUAUUCGACAUAGGACUUUAGCAGUGGGAAGCUCAUACGCCAUUGGCGUAUAUUAUCAUUACUCGAAGAAAACUUGUUCCUUUUAAAUAUACAUAUAUUACCGCUCAACGCAACAUUUUUCAUACACUGACGUCAUAUUUUAACAUAAUUCCAAAGAAAUCUGAAAUGUUUUUGAUAUAAACUAUUGCUUUUGGACAAAGCAUUGGAAAAACACUAAAAAGGACACAAAUAUAAUCAUACAUGCAUCGAAAAAUUCCAAA